UUUUGGGUGGACGUGAAACCUAGAAAUGCAGCGGUGAUGUCUCCAAUCAAGUCAAUUCUCGAAAUGACUCUUGAUCCUUGGAAUUGAAAAGGACUUUGUCCGUCUUCACCCAUUGCCUACACUCUUAUCAUGUCCGCCGAGAAAAAACACUCUGUGUCAUCCGAAGAUUAUGAUCCUGUUAUUUUCGAGGCAAUCAAAGUCAACGCAAACGAACGAAAGGAGCUCUCCACUUCGAGAAAAGCUGCCCAGCAAGCUCGGUUUGCGAGAGGGGCAGAGGAAUUGGAUAAUGCGGUAAAAAGGGCUGUCGAUAAAGAUGUUAUUGUGGCGGCGGGGAGAAUAGGCGAGACUAGUGGAAAUAAUCCAAAAUAAUCGAAGAGGAAUAUGGGAGAAGAGGUAUCGCGGCUCAUAUCAAUGCUGAUUUUGCACGCUCAAACCUGUCUAGGUCGUUUUUGAGCCCUUCGUUGACCUCCUUGUCCUCCACCCCGAAUAGCUGUUGAAGUCGCUCGUUAUACUCCAUCUUAUCUUUGACUUAGCCUUCAGAAAUCCCGCUGCGUCGUGCGUCCAAUGUUGAUAUGUUGUUAGAAGAAAUGGAACUCUGUCCAUGUCCACCAUUGUAAAUUGGGGUUGGAUCCGUGCAUAGAAGAAGACUUUGCUGAGGCCGGACGGGGACUGCAGUGCUAAAAUGUACCAGAAAGAACCAGUGUCCCAGGACCUCUUCAUGACGGAGGAACACUGCAUGGAGUGGGAUGGGUGAAUCUUGUGCUCCUGCUCUUUAAACACCUCCACAAACUCCUUAUGACGCUUGCUGUACUUAUCAGGGCUUAUUUCAUCCCCAGUCUCGCCAGUUAGCCAGUAAGGCAGCUGCAAGAAUUCCAAUGGUUGCGCAAAUGGCCCACUCAAGAUCAAUCAGAUACUUGAUAUUCCAGUCGUCAUCAAUAAGAAUGUUGCUUGCGU